AUUAUGUCCGGUAGAGGAAAAGGUGGUAAAGGCCUUGGGAAAGGGGGUGCUAAGCGGCACAGGAAGGUUCUGCGCGAUAACAUUCAAGGCAUUACUAAGCCCGCUAUCCGCCGCCUGGCUCGUCGUGGUGGCGUUAAACGUAUCUCCGGGCUCAUCUACGAGGAGACUCGUGGGGUGCUAAAGGUUUUUCUGGAGAACGUCAUCCGCGACGCCGUCACCUAUACCGAACACGCGAAGAGGAAAACCGUUACUGCCAUGGAUGUGGUCUACGCGCUCAAGCGCCAGGGUCGCACUCUGUACGGUUUCGGCGGUUAGGAUUCCAACAGCCUUAGUUAGAACUUGCUCAAAGGCCCUUUUCAGGGC